AUGAACCACUCUCACAACCUCAGCAGCAACCUCAACGACAAUAAUCAAUACACCAACAACAACCACCACAGCAACAGCAACGACGGCGACGAUAGCUUCAGCGACGACGAUAACCACAACGGACCCGCCACCAAAGUUCAUGCAUCGAGUCAUCAUCACCUAAACAGCCACGCUGAUCACCUCCAGGGCUCUGAUCGACACAACUUUGACCUUCGUCUGUAUCAUCAACACGACCGGGAUCUGGACAUGGACCCACAAGGCGGUCAACUUCAGCACGCAACAAAGUCUCCAUCGCACCGUAGCCAACAUUCAUCUCAGGCUGAUCAGUCCAAGAGCAGCCUACCGUCCGAAGACAGCCAUUCCAGUGCAUCACAGACACCGACCCUCCCUCGCCGUUCAGAACGACUUCGAUACAGUAACGGCUACAGCCAGCAGCAGCAGCAACUACAACAACAGCAGGCCGCCACAACUCAAUAUGAACAAAAGCCCGUACACUCUACUAGGCGGCUCUCCGCCUCUAAUCACUCUAAUACAGGAUCACCCACCUCCUCGUCCUCCUCUGGGACCCUUUCAUCCCCAACGUCGCCUUCACAAUACUCGCUUCCCUACAGCCACUCUGGCCAACGCCUCCUCGAAAAGGACCACAACGACAUUGGAUCAACAGGACGCGCCUUUGCUUCGACACACACCAAUGGGCGGUCCAGGACGCGAAGCAAAUCCCACCCAGAAGUACCCAACAUACCCCUAAUGCAUACUUGCCGGUCGCCUACCUUUGGAUGUUCUUACUCGAUGGUCAUGGUCUUCUUGGCCUCGUUUGUACUUUUGGGGUGCAUCUUCCACUCCAAUUUCUACCACCAAGUCGACCGCAAGGAUUGUCAGUUCACCUACAUGCAGCCAAAGUUCUACAAGCUGCUGGGAUUCGACCGGGAACGGACCGCAUUCGCAGGAAAAUAUGGACUCUUGCUCUUCCGGGACCAGUCCGACUAUAGACUGCCAGUACCUGCCAGCAUGCUGACUGAGUAUGCCAACUCGGUCUACACUAUCGACAAGGAAGCCAAGAUUCAACCGUUGGGCAUCCCGGCCUUAUUUAUUCCCGGUAAUGCAGGAAGUGCUAAGCAGAUGCGAUCAAUUGCAAAGGAAGCAUCCAAGUACUACUACGAAAACUUGGCGGAAGGACACCGCGACGGCACGACAUCCGCCAGACCCAUCGACUUCUUCACUGUUGACUUCAACGAGGAGUUUUCAGCACUGCACGGACACUCGCUUUUGGAACAGGCACAGUUUUUGAACGAUGCAAUUGCCUACAUCCUUUCGCUCUAUCAGGACGAACGGCACUCAGACCCAAGCCUACCUCGGCCCACAUCUGUCUUAAUCGUCGGGCACAGCAUGGGCGGGAUCGUCGCACGGUCGUUAUUCACUAUGAGCAACUAUCAACCAGGAUCGGUAAAUACAAUCCUCACAGCGGCAACACCUCACAUGAUCCCACCUGUCACCCUCGACUUUGAGAUCAGCAACAUCUACAACCGGAUAGAGUCGUUUUGGACUCGUGGAUUUCUUGAGCCCGAUGGACCGCUCAGAAAUGUGUCGCUGAUCUCGAUCGCAGGAGGAAACCUGGAUAUUGUUGUCAGCGGUGAUUCAGGUAACAUCCACAACAUUGUGCCCCAAUCCAACGGUUUCACGGUCUUCACGUCGUCCAUUCCACAUGCAUGGGUUGGAUCUGACCACCUUUCGAUCCUUUGGUGCAACCAAAUCGCUGCCGUAAUUGGAAGAGCCUUAAUCGAUGUUGUCGACGCACGGUACGCCCAGCAAGUCAAGCCACUGGAAGAACGCAUGGAUAUCUUCAAGAAUCGGUUCUUGACAGGAAUUGAUGACCAUCUUGCCGAGGAGUCAACCCCCAAAGGAGAGGAGAUCAUUGCCGUUGCGGAAAUCGCACACACUUUUGUGGACUCGGAAACUGGAUUAACAUUCCCACCCAGGGGUAGCUCGGCGUAUGACCCAAUGUCAGAAGCAGCCCAUUUGUACAUUAUGCCGAUCCCAGCCAACCCGGACUUGGAUACUUUCAACUUGUUGACGGAUCAUGUUCUUGGACCUGAUAGCCGGCUGGAUGUUCUCAUUUGCAACGACCUAUUGGUGUCUGGCCGAUCCAAGCCAGGGAGCCCAACAAGGCUCUCAUGUCACUACAACACCCUCUCAGCCAUCCCAAUGCCGGCGUCACUUGCGACAGGAUCGUUUGCAUCACAUGCAGGGAGAUCCAACCGAGGACAGGAGUUCCAAUUCAUCUCGCAGAGUCUGACGGAACUGGAGGACGCGCGGUACAUUGCGAUCUUGGAUAGAGGCCGAAAGAUGGGCGAUUCAGGAUUUCUGAUUGCUCAGUUUGCAAACGACGCGGACACCACCACAACAAUCGAAACUUCAACUCUUGUACCGGAACGCUUCUCGCCAAUGCUCCGACAGUCGAGCUGGACCAUGUACGAGGAUCGCUAUGCUGUCAACAUUGCCACCAAACCUGAAGGAAUCGACAUCAACUUUCACGGAGACAUGCCCUACUACGAGCGUAUCCAAUUGCCUGGGAAGAAGGGAAUCGAGCUUCGCUUCUGGAUGGACCCAAACUGCCCUGUUCCACUCUCGUUGAAUUUGCAAGUCGACAAGUACGGCAGCAUAGGCAAAGUUGUCAUUCGGUACAGGAUGGUCGUCCUUGUGUUUACUUUCUUGGUGGUCGUCCUGACCUUGCGGGCCCAGUUCAGAUCCUUCAACAAGGGCAAGCCCUUCAUGCCUUUCGGAAUCAUGCUUUCAAAAUUGAUCAGGACCACGUUCUGGAGGUUUUCGUUGCUCUUGGCAGGAAUCGCGCUCCUGCAGUCGUUGCUGUCCAAACCUACGUUCACCUUCAAGGAUCUGCCUCGCAGGGCUGCUUCGACUACAGGAAACGCGGCAGAGGAAAUCGUUCAUGGCUCGGCAGGAUCUGGAAGCUCAGUUCGCGAAGGACUUGACCAGGACGCGUACGAACUGAUGAUCCGGGCAAGGAUAUCGAGGAGCGAGUCAUUGUUCUCUGGCAUUCGACUCGAGGACGCACUGUUGGGAAGCAACGAUUCAUUCUUCUGGUUUUUGGCGCCGGUGUUCUUCCAAGUCGCGAUCGGUAUUGUGAUCCUCAUCUGGACCAUCCUCAAUGGACUCGUACGGUCGACAGCAGCGAUCCUGACGUUUGUUUCGAAGCGCGGGGCUCGAUUUGUGAUCGGAAAGGCCAUCGGUAACAUGCUUUCCAAAAGAUCACGAGGUGUCAGACGGAGAGUGAUCACAACCAUUGUCCUAUUUAUCAUGGUGGCGACUUUUGUCCCUUACCAGUUUGCCUUUGUCGUCGCGGUACUGGUCCACAUUGUCUCCUGUGUCCGAUCACUACUUGUCGCCCAGGCUUCGUCAGCAUCGAAAAUGCAGGCAGCAUGGGACCGCCACCACUUUUUGAUGUCUAUUUUUGUCAUGUUCUUUUUGUUGCUGCCAUGCACGUUACCAGUGCUGAUGGUCUGGAUCAGGAACUUGUCUGUGCAGUGGUACGAGCCCUUCUCGUCUGACCAUCGUCUGGACUACAUUGCACCGUUCAUCUUUUUCGUUGAAGCGGUCACAGAUGGCGCCAUGGUCCCUAGGACGCCAGAGAAAGGAUAUGCGGCAGUAACGAUGGGGUUGCUGAACUACAUGAUUGUGUUUUUGAUCAUUUAUGGAGUCCGGUACAGCUGGCAGAUCUACUUUAUGUCCCGGAUCUGGAUCACAUGGAUCCUGAUCCUGCAGCUCAAGGAUAAAGAGUUUGUAAAGGGCAUCAUCAAGGCCGUCAAGAGCCGACUGGUGGUAGGAUCUGCCAAUGGCGAUUUGCGCAACCUGUGCGCCAAGGUCGGGACAAUGCAGGCCAAGCAUGGACCUUUCGAUAUCUUGUUCUGUACAGGCAACUUUUUCUCGCAGGAGACGCCUAUUGAGGUCAUCGAUGAGCUCUUGGAGAACAAACUUGACUUCCCGAUCACGACGUACUUUAUGCAUGGAGACAAUGGCGUUCCGGGAAUCAUUGAGCGGACAGCAAAGAGAAAGAACGGCGAGAUUUGCAACAACCUGUUUUAUCUCGGAAAACAUGGAACGAUGACAACAGCAGAGUCGGUCAAGAUGACUUCGCUGAGCGGAACCUUUGACAGCGCAGUCUACGAAGCUGACAUCGAGGAUGAGGAAUUUGACAAGUCACUUCUUCAAGGACGGUAUACCAAACAGGACAUCACCGCAUUGAUCCAAACCGCCAAACCAUCGUCGAUCAUGGACACGUCCAAGCGUGGAGUCGACAUCUUUUUAUCACAUGAAUGGCCCGUGGGGAUCGACAAGCUCGUCGGACCUACCCUCCCUCCACCAACCGAUCUCCCUCCCAGCACGUUUUCACACCCUGUCGCGAAUGCCGUGUCGGCCUUGCAGCCUCGGUAUCAUUUCGCAACUAGCUCUGGGAAGUUCUGGGAGCGGGCGCCGUACAAGAAUGUGAACGGCGCUGAGCAUGCGACACGGUUUAUCGCACUUGGAGAUGUGGGUAAUAAGAACAAGCAGAGAUGGUUCUAUGCCUUCAACUUGGUUCCUUUGGCUACUGUUUCUGAUGAUGUCUUGAAGGCUUCUGUGACACCCGCCACGACGGACUCUCCCUUGGCAACCGCUUCUGAGCUCAAACGUCGUCCCGACCAGGAUGACCCAAGUGGCUUUUUUUGGGAUCCCAAGAGGGUCAGGAACGAGCCCCCAGCAGGAUAUAUCUGUCGCCGCUGUAACCAGCCAGGCCACUUCGUCAAGGAGUGUACAGCAGAGCGAGUCCAGCGAGUCCCUGAAGGAUAUAUAUGCAACAAGUGCAACGAGCCAGGACAUUUGAUCAAGGACUGCCCAUUGUUGAAGGAGGAGAUUGCGGCCCGGGAGCAGGCGCGUGAGCUGGGGGGCAAGGAUGUCCCACCGUCCGGAUAUCUGUGUAAGAAGUGCAGUGAGCCAGGACAUUAUAUCAAAGACUGUCCUGUGUUGAAGGAGGAGACGGCGGCGCGUGGAGAGCAGCAGCAGACACAUGGGCCUAAUGAUGUGCCUCCACCAGAUUACACCUGUGUGAAGUGUGGCACUAAAGGGCACUAUGUCAGGAACUGCACCCAGUUCUCGGCGUUGGACGUCCACGAGUCAAGAAAGAUGACUGGCACAAGACCAAGAGGACCAAGAGAGCCCAGGACGCGUGAGCUGGACCCAUGUUGGUUUUGUCUUUCGAAUCCCGGUGUCGACAAGAACUUGAUUGUCUCGAUCGGAACGGAAGUCUACCUGGCCAUGUCGAAGGGUCAGCUGCCCGAGACGAGUCCCUCGUCCCUGGUGCCUGGAGGAGGCCACGUCCUGCUGAUUGGGAUUAACCAUAUCUCGUCCUUUGGUAAGGGCGACCCCGAGGCGUUGUCGGGCAUCAACUCUGAGCUCCGGAAAUACAAGGAGGGGAUUCGGAAGUUGUACGAGUCAAAAGGUGCAGGAAUGGUGACAUUGGAGUUGAGUCAGGGCGGGGUCAACCAGCAUGCGCAUAUCCAGAUCUUACCCGUGCCGACUGAGAAGAUUGAUGAUGUCGAGCGGGAGUUCAAGGCCAGGAUCGCCAGCUUCUUCCUCCCUAGCUUUAAACGGUUCCCUCGGAAUGAUCAGCCUGAGAGUUCCAUCAGCAGCAGUAAUAGCAGGGAUGGCAACACGGGCGAGAAUGGCGACACCAAUAUGGAGGCUGCAACUGAAGAGGCACCACCUCCAACAGCCGCAUGGCUGGAUCGUCUCCCCGCAGGGUUGAAAGAAGGGUUCUUCAGGGUCGAGUUGCCAGGCGAUAGAGUGAUGGUGUGCCCGAUCCCUGCAGGACAGCGUAUCGAUAUGCAGUUUGGAAGGACAGUAUUGGCUGACGUCUUGGGCUUGCCUGACAGAGCUCAUUGGAAGAGAUGUGUCAAGACAACUGACGAGGAACGCAAGGAUAGCGAAGCCUUCAAGGCCGUCUUCCGUCCCUACGAUUUUACCCUCUAA